AUGUCAAACGCCCAAAAGAAGGCCGGAGAGCCAUCAUAUGAAGACUAUGUGGAAAGAAUACAUUAUUCGGAAAAGUACUCCGAUGACAAGUGGGAAUACCGUCACGUCAUCCUGCCGAAACCUCUACUAAAAUUGAUCCCUCGGGACUAUUUCGACCCAGAUGAGCCUGGAGUGCUACGGAUCCUAAAAGAUGCAGAAUGGCGAAAGAUUGGAAUCACGCAAAGUUUGGGAUGGGAACAUUAUGAAGUUCAUGCACCAGAGCCGCAUAUCCUUCUUUUCAGAAGAGAGAAAGAUUAUCAAGAAAAAUAUCUAAAUAAUAUGAAUCAACGUAAAUAAUGUAGAUUUUUUUUUUUUGGAAAUCGAUCGGUCGGAGUUCCGCUUUCCUCCUUUGAAGAAUUCACCUACCUUCCUAUUACGUACAUCAAUCGCAACUGUCAAUCACAGCCGCAGAGCAAUUUCAACGCUUUAUCUUUUCUUU